AUGACCACCUGGAAAAGAAACUUGACGAUUCCCAAAAUCCUCCCACCAUCGCUUCACCCCCGCCGGCUUGGGAUUGACAAGGUCUUCUGGGCUGGGCUGUGGGGUUCGGAGGAGCAACAAAUAACGUUAAUCCAGUCGCUGUCCAAUCCUACGCCGCGCUUAGGAACUUUCUCUGAUAACGUUGGGGGGACACCUAGGCCGAAGACGGAAGGUCAAUGUUGUUGCGCUGACCUCCGCUCCUCCUGUCGAGAACUCGCGUGCGUGUGUUCAGCUGCGAUCCCGGCGGACGAGGCUGGGCCAGCUGCUGCUCCGAGCUUGCGCAACACUGUGGGUUGUUGGUUGCUGAACUCGGAAUCGCAGAAGAGAGCCAAGAUUCCCAGCGAUAAGAAGGCCUUCGAUAUUGUGGCUGCUUCUUCCUCGGGGAUGAGCUACCCUUUCAGGGCAAGAGAGCACGCGAGCCUAUCUCUCUCGCUCAAUAUUCCGAUAGGAAGCUUCAAAGACAUGGUCGGAUUAUGGCUAUGA